UACAGACACAGGAGAAUGUCAACAGAGACAGAACUUCAAACAGAUGUCAAACUCAGCGUCAAAAAAGAGUCCAAGAGAAGAGGUCAGGACCGCAGUGAGCAGGCACUGAUUCAACGCUUCAGGGGAGAUGGCAUCAGUUACAAGGCCAAGCUGAUUGGCAUUGAUGAUGUGACGGCUGCGCGUGGAGACAAACUGUGCCAGGACUCCAUGAUCAAACUGAAGGGAAUCGCUGCCUCGGCACGGUCAAAAGGAAACCAUAAACAGAGAAUUUUCUUGACUGUGUCCUUUGGUGGAAUCAAGAUUUAUGAUGAGAGAUCAGGGGUCUUACAACACCACCACACUGUCCACGAGAUCUCCUACAUUGCCAAAGACACAAAAGACCAUCGCGCCUUUGGUUAUGUGUGCGGAAAGAAGGGCAACCACAAGUUUGUGGCAGUCAAGACGAGCCAUUCGGCAGAACCAGUUAUAUUAGACCUGCGUGACCUGUUCACCCUGGUCUAUGAUAUCAAACAAAGGGAGGAGUCACAAAAGAAAUCUCAAAAAGAUCAGAAACACUGUGAGCAUGCCAUCUAUCAGACCAUUCUGGAAGAUGAGAUUGAUGAUCCGGUUUAUCAGUACAUUGUGUUUGAAGCCGGACACGAACCCCUCCGUGGCCACCAAUCAGAAGAGAGCGUUUACCAGGUUCCCACAAGUCAACAGAAAGAAGGGAUCUAUGACGUUCCGAAACGCCAUUUUAAGACUAAUAUAAACCAGUUUGAUCUCUUCGGUGACAUGGCCACUCCUCCAGAUAUUCUUUCAAUGCCGGCGUCACCUGCUAACACUGUGGAUCCCGGAAGAAGACGACGGCGUCAUCCUCCAGAACUCUUCACCCAUUUUAGUCCACCAGCGGUGCCCUCAGGGUAUAUGACCAUGGGUGCUAUCCAGGCAGCCCAUUGGGCUCAACAGUCCUUUGCUGCUCAGGCUGCACCGAUGGCCUUCGGGGUCCAGGCGCCGUUGCAGAUGGCUCAGAUGAUUCCCAGAGGUCAGCCUGUGAUCUGGGGUCAGGCCAAUCUCUUUCACUCCCCAGCCACUGGCCAGCAGCAGUGGGCCUUCGUGCCAGCUCAGGCGGUGGGUAUGGGGCCGCAUCCAUUGCUUCAGGGCCUGGUGCCCAUAGCUGCCAUGCGGCCGCACUCCUGUGAACCCCCCGACACUUCGUCGGCCGUAACGAGCCCUCAGCACUUUGUGGACUCUGCUCUGCGGCACGGCAGAUCUAAAGACACCCUACACGAAGACCCUCAGGAAGAGGCCAUAACGGGUCACGUUAAUGCAGAAACAACUUCAGAUCCUGCACAGGCUGCUGGGAAAAAGGACGUGGAUGAGCUGGAUCUUACACAGAUGAGUUUGACUCCAGGAUCGUCUUUGUCACCAUCCACGAAUGAUUCUCGUCCUGAGCAGGAGUCCACAUGUGUAGCAGAUGUUCCCUCGACAGCACCUUCACUCCUAAACACAAAUGACAGCUCAGGUCAACUAACAGAAGAAGAAGCGGUCUCUUCUCAAGCUGUCAGCGCUGAUGCUCAGCCACCAGAUGCUCAGACAAACAUGACAGAUUCAUCACAGGCUGAUGUUUAAAGACAGAUGACUUCUGGUGCUGUUAUAGUUUAUAGUUCAGGAGAACCUGUGGAUUGUUCACUGUCUGAAUGGUCUUCAUGGACACGCUGUGACCCCUGCCUGAAACAAAGAUAUCGAUAUGCCACAUUGACACAGCCGUCUGAGUUUGGAGGAGAGCAUUGUCAUGAUCACGGCCGAGAGGAGGAGCCCUGCACUCCUCCAGCACGAUACUCCUGUCAGAAACCUGCUCCUCCAUGCCAGGGUUUCCGUUGUACAACAACAGGACGCUGUGUGUUUGAGGCUCUUCGCUGUAAUGGUGAUGAUGACUGUGGUGACGGCUCUGAUGAACAGGGCUGUCAUAAAGUCUACAAAGCCUGUAGUGAACCCACUGAGGAAUACUAUGGAAUCGAGAACCUUGCCAGAGGAAUCAACAUCAUGAACGGUAAACUAGAAGCAGUGGUGCUUGAUAACCGCUAUUAUGCUGGUGGAUGUUUGCCUCAUUUUAUCCAAGAUAUCCGCUUCAGGAAGCCAUAUAAUCUCCAACAGUACACAACAGAGACAAAAGGCUCAUUUGAUUUUAAGAUGGAGGCAUUUGAUUCAUUCACUGAGUACUCCAUGAGUGAAACCAAAAUGACUCUGUCGAAGACCAGUGUCUCUAUUGGAAUAGCCAUUCCUGCUGUAUUUGAAUUCAGUUUUAAGUAUAAUGACCACAGGUACAAGAAAUCAGUCAAGAAGAUGCGCACUUUUUCUGGAACGAAUAAGAAAUUCAUCCAUGCACACUCUGAGCUUGUGAUGGCACGUUAUGCGCUGAAGCCCUCAAACUUGAUGUUACACCCAGAGUUUCUGUCCCGUCUCAAUGCCCUUCCCCUGGAAUACACAUACGGAGAAUACCGACAGCUCUACAAUGACUACGGGACACAUUUUGUUAAAGAGGCAACGCUCGGUGGAGACUUUGACUAUACCCUCGUCUUCAAUAGUGAAAAACUUGAAAAAGCUGGCUACACGCUCGAUGAUGCCAAAACCUGUGUGGAUGUUGGUUUAAGACUUGGUGCAAACAUUAAGGGAAUUUAUGUGAGUGGAGGAGUCUCAGCUGGUGGCUGUAGUGGCCUACUGAAAGAGUUUGGAGAUGGCACUAAAACCAGUAAAAUGGUGGAAGACGUUAUAAUUGUGGUGAGAGGAGGGGACAGUGAGUCAGUCUCACGUCUGGCUGCCAAACAACUGCCAACACCAGGCGACAUGCAGCUGUGGGGCGACGCUGUCUUCUACAGUCCUGAUUUUAUCAAUCGGAAGCUGGAACCGCUGUAUGAGCUGGUGACCCCACGAGACUUCUCCAGCGCUAACAUUCUGAAGAAGAACUUGAGAAGAGCUUUAGAUGAGUACAUGAGAGAGAUCAGCUCCUGCCGCUGCUCACCCUGUCUCAAUAACGGCAUUGCCAUCCUCAAAGGCACAAGGUGUGUGUGUAUUUGUCCACCUGGUUUCAAAGGAGUGAGCUGUGAGAUUACCCACAGGACAGCAUCAGCAAUCGAUGGCAGUUGGAGUUGCUGGUCUUCAUGGUCCCCCUGUACAAGUAAAACUCAGAGCCGGACCCGCCAGUGUAGCAAUCCGACCCCGCAGAACGGUGGGAUGACGUGUCUGGGACCUCAGGAAGAAUCUGCCGAUUGCUGAAACUGAAGGACCAGUUUCUCAAACAAAGGACUUUGUUUUUAAUAAGACAAAAUAAAAUCAGACAGUUAUACAUUAAAUACUCUUUAUUGUGGAUCUUUUAUAUUGUUAAUACAUGCAUGUAAUAAAAUAAAACAUAUUAAACACACACACACGUUGCCAUAUUGCAUUUAUACAAACUGUAUAUUUGAUUCCCCUAACCUACCCCAGUUUAUAUUUGAGUAUAUUUGAGUUUGAUUAAUUAUAUUUUUUUACACAAGCAACACACACAUCUCUGCUACAAAUAAACAUUUGACGUUUGUUUCUA